UUAUUAGCUCAAGCAUAAAGGCUCAGACUGCCGCCUGAAGAAGCGUCCGGCAAACAGUUGGAGUUAGAAAGUUCGUUGGGAAGUUCGAAUAGUGAAAAAGAUAGAACUUUGCUGAAAAGUGGUGUUUCGUACUGUAAGUGAUUGUGUGGUAAGAAAUCUCAGGAAAAGGAUUCUACGGAUGAGUGCAAGGUUCUAGGUGAAAAUUUUAGGUACUUUGAAAGGAAGCCUUUCGCGGGAUGUUAUAGGUCAAGGAUUAAAGUAUUCCAAGGCAGCAUGCUGCACUUGAUUGAUCACCAUUGAGGCAUUUUCAUCUUAUCUUAUCCAUAUUGUGUUUCUGUUUAUGAUUGCAGCCUAACAUCAACUGCUUAUCCGAUGAUGAGUCCAGCCACCACCGCCACCCUCUUGGCCAUAGUGGUUGUAAUGCUCUGUUUAGUCCACGUAAUAGAUGGUGGCGUCGUGGAUAGGGAACCACGAGCCUACAAACAGUACAACAGCGAACCACCGGCAAAGCGACCCUUCUGUAAUGCCUUCACCGGAUGUGGAAAGAAACGUUCAGUUGUGGCCGUUACACCGAUGGCGCUGAUGCAUCGGCACCAAACGACAUCGGAACAAAAUCGAGCCAAAGUAACGGAAGGAUUCGACCCGAACGAGGACUCUCUGGCAAAUCUGAUCGAUCUGAACACGGAACCGGCGGUGGAAGAUCUGAUGAGACAAAUUAUGUCCGAAGCAAAACUCUGGGAAGCAAUCCAGGAGGCCAAUCGAGAAAUUUACCUACAGAAACAGGGCCAGAGUUCGGACGGGAACCCGUUCCCGAUGUCAUUCAGCACGCAGUAGAUGGGGAAAAAACGCAAGUAAAUCUAGUUAAAGCUACUUUCUAUACGAUUCAUUAUUAAUAAGACGACGCUCCAGCGACACAGUUGGAUUGUAGUUUUUUUUUUAUUACAAAAGGGAAACGGUUGCUGUCCACAUACACUCUUGCUCCAACGAAUCAUUUCAAUCAAAUCAGACUUAAUUAGGUCUAUAUUAUCCACCGAAAAAUAAGAUAAUUAACACUAAUAGACUAAGUACUGCAUUGUAAAUAUACGAAAGCAAAGCAGUUGUGUUUUUGACUAAUGAUUGACACUACGAUUGUUGCAAUAAAUCUGAAUUUUACAAAUCAA